AUGGGCUCUCACUCUGAUUCAAAUAACUCCUGGCGAAGACUCGAUGUGGGCGUCGUGGGUGGCGGAAUUGGUGGUAUGGCAGUGGCCAUUGCCCUCCGCAGAGCUGGACAUCUCGUCACGAUUUAUGAGCGCAAUGACUUUGUAGGCGAGGUUGGAGCGUCAGUAUCUUGUGCCGCCAAUGGUUCCCGCUGGUUGCACGAGUGGAACAUCGACGUCGAGAAAGGCGAUCCUGUCAUUCUCAAGAGUCUCAUCAACAGAGACUGGAAGACUGGGGAACCUCUGAGUGUCUAUAGUCUUGACGAUUACAAGAGAAGAUGGGGGUUCGAGUAUUAUAUGUUUCACCGCCAAUACAUGCACGCAAUGUUGAAAGAUACAGCGUUGCAAGAGGACGGCGAGGGAGAGCCCGUGAGACUCUGCUGUGAAAACAUUGACCUCGAGGCUGGCACCAUCACCUUUUUCAACGGCCACACAGCGCAGCAUGACCUCAUCAUAGGCGCCGACGGUAUCGGCUCCGUGGUUCGCAAGCUCAUCGGUCUCACGCCUGAGAAGAAACCCGCAGACUCUUCCUGCCUGCACGCCAACGUGCGAAGGGAAGAUGUCAAGCGCCUGGGCCUUGUCGACUACUCUGCGGACGCGGCUCUUGAGUACUGGGGUGGCCAGGAGGGCAAGUGGGACAAGAUCGUGCUGAGCCCGUGCAACGGCGGCGACCUGCUGUCAUACUACUGCUUCUUCCCACGCGAGGUUGGCGACUACACCAGCCAGAGCUGGGGCGGUGAGGACCGCCCUGUUGAAGAGCUCCUGGCUCCUUAUCCGGAACUGGACAAGCAGGUGAAAGAUCAUCUUGCUAUUGGUAUCGAAAUCCAGCCCUGGCGAUUAUGGGUUCAUCAACCAUACCCAUACAUCAUCAACCGCACGACGUGUCUGCUGGGCGAUGCAGGCCAUCCGGUAAGCAUGCUUCGCUGUCCCGCUGCUAUGUUCCCUCACCAGAGCCAAGGUGCCUGUAUGGCCAUCGAGGACGCUGCCGCCCUUGGAAUAUUGUUCAGCAAGCCUUACUUUGGCGGAAAUGUUGUUGAGACGCUCAAGGUCUACCAAGAAGUGCGGUUGCCACGAGCCACCAAGGUUCAAGCCGCAGCAGCAAAGGCUGCCUACAAUAUCAACGAACGGAUCGGUUUCUCAAGCAAUACCAAUUUCAAGGGCUACAAGGUCGAAGACGAGACGAAGAAGCUGACGAUUGAAGAGAUGAAUGCAUAUGACAUGUACAAGGAUAUUGAGGAGGGUCUGGCGAGGCAAAGGAAUACACCCUUCACAGACAAAUUUAUUAAGGGGCUCCCAGUGGGUUUGCAGAUGUCCAACGGUGUGACAGUCGGAAGCUAG